AUGGCGUACGCUCCGAGUUCGCCCAAUGGGACCAUGUCAUUGUCGUACACCGUGGACGGGAGGGGAAUCCCAGUCAAGCUUGGCAACGGUGCCCCGAUUCCGAAUGGGCAGCCCAACAACCUCCCUAUAUGGCCCGGCGUUGUCGACACACCUGACAUUACCCAGGGCGCACAUGUCAUCACGAUGAGCAUGGCUGGUAUGGUCAUCUCGUUCCACGACUUCCUAAUUGAGACCCUGCUGCAGACCCAAGCCGAUCCCGACGAUCGCCGAUACCAGCGUGGCGCAUCGCUGGUGCGCACCGAUGGGCUCAACCCGGCCUUUACUUGCUCUGGCCAGUGGACAUUCAAAAGCUCUAUUGGGGCCAAUGCAUCGUACCUUGCCAUUAAUGGCACCAUGGGAUACCAACAGGGUAAAGUGUCAUUCAACCUAUCGACCGCCCCACCUGUGCAAGGCCUCCCAAGCACUGUCUCCACCGCAAGUGCGUACUCGUACCUUUCAGGACUCUACGAGACUCCGCUCGACCCAGCAGUACAGUACACGCUGUCAAUCAUUGUUGGCGCGGACGGUCCCGUUGGUAUUGGAGGCAUUACACUCACUGCUGGACUCAAGUACGUGAGGCGACAGGAAUAG